AAUCAGUGUUUCUUUUUCUUUUUGUUUUUGGAACUGUUUUUUUGGAGGAUUUGAUGAGUUUAUGGGCUUUUUGUCGUGCCCUCGGUUUCAGAAUAUGAUGGGCGUAUGUCAAAAUCGAAACUUAUUAGGAUAUUUGAUUCUGUAAGCUGGUGGUUUGAAUGUGGUAAUCAUGUAUAAUGUUAUGUUGCUGUAUCAAUUUUUAUUUUUCUCGCAAAGAACACUACGCCUACACUUCAAUUUUGUCUUUGGGUUUAGAAUUUUGAAGAUAAAUUUGCAAAUUUUGAAUCAUAUGAUGUAAUACUCCCAUGUUGACAUUCUAUCUCUUUCGAUCAAGACAAUCACUAUCGUCUUCGACAUUUCGAGCGCCAUAAGCACCACCAUUGCCACCAUAAAUGAUUUCCGCCAUAUCAUGGAUCCCCAAGGGCGCUUCAAAGAUUGUCCCACUUGUUGCAGAGCAACCCUCUAAAGAGGAAAUAGAAGAAGUUUUGAAGAGUGGAGUUUUAGAAAGAAGUGGAGAGAGCGAGGAAGAUGAAGAGAUGGAUGUAGAUAAUCUGAAAGAAGUGGAUGAGGUUGCCCAUGCUUUGGCUGCAGCAAAGGCUCUUGGCAAGGACCAAGUUACUAAGAGCUCUGCUGAUCUUCAAGAUAUCUCUGAUAUCCUUCGGGAACUUAACAUGGAUCAUUAUGAUGAUGAGGAUGAAGACAUCGAGCUUUUUAGUACUGGACUUGGAGAUCUUUAUUAUCCAAGUAAUGAUAUGGAUCCUUAUCUGCAAAAUGAGGAUGAUGAUGAGGAUGAAGAAGAGAUCGAAGACAUGACCAUAAAGCCUACUGAUGCAGUUAUAGUUUGUGCACGUAAUGAGGAUGAAGUCAACCAUCUUGAGGUUUGGAUCUAUGAGGAAACAGAGGAUGGGAAUUCAAACAUGUAUGUUCAUCAUGAUGUCAUCCUUUCAGCUUUUCCCCUCUGCAUAGCUUGGCUGGACUGUAACCUUAAAGGUGGUGAUAAAGGGAACUUCAUAGCUGUGGGCUCCAUGGAACCUGCUAUUGAAAUAUGGGACCUAGAUCUGACUGAGGAGGUCCUGCCAUUCAUGGUUUUAGGGGGUGUUUCAAAGAAAAAGAAGGAAAACGGGAAGAAGAAGUACAAGAAAGAUAGUCAUAGAAACUCUGUACUUGGCCUUGCAUGGAAUAAGGAGGUUCGGAAUGUUCUAGCCAGUGCGAGUGCUGAUAAAUCCAUCAAGAUUUGGGACCUAGUCACUAAGAAAUGCGUCAUUACCCUAAAGCAUCAUAAGGACAAGGUUCAGGCAGUGGCAUGGAACCGGCAUUCCCCUGAAAUACUACUAAGUGGAUCUUUUGAUCAAUCGGUUGCCAUCAUGGAUAUGAGAUCUGGUGAACGUGCCCAUGAUAAAUGGUCUGUCAUGGCUGAUGUUGAGAGCUUGGCAUGGGAUCCGCAUAAUGAACAUUCAUUUGUGGUCAGUCUUGAAAAUGGUAUUGUUCAAGGCUUCGAUAGCCGAGUAGCAUCAUCAAAUUCAAGCUCUGGUGCUAAACCAACUUUCACUCUUCAUGCACAUGAAAAAGCUGUUUCUUCUGUCUCCUUCAGCCCAUCUGCCCCGAAUCUUCUUGCAACCGGUUCAAUGGAUAAAAUGGUAAAAAUUUGGGACUUAUCAAACAACCAACCAUCAUGUGUUGCAUCUCGGAAUCCAAAAGCUGGAGCUAUUUUCUCUGUAUCCUUCUCAGAGGACAGUCCGUUCUCAUUAGCCAUUGGAGGAUCCAAGGGCCGAUUGCAGGUGUGGGAUACCUUAUCCGAACCAGGGGUAGCGCGAAGCUACAGCAAGUUUAGCAACCGGAGAGCUGAUCCAAGUUCUUCUGCUUGAUCUGUUAAGAGUCAUAUAUUUCAGCAUUGUAUUUAUUACUAAGAAAAUGUCAAAUAGGAUGCAGGGUAGUGCUUCAUAGGAUUAAUCCGAAUUUUUCGUUGGCAAAUAAUAGGUUCAGACGUCUGGCUUUCAUUUUGAGCUCCUUACAUUUCGAGUUUUGCAUACACUGCGGAGUCUUCAAAUUUUGACUGACGCUGUUGAGUUAUGAUCUGUAAUGACCUUGAAUUUUGUUUUCUAGGUUGGAUGGUUAAUGGCUUUUUUUUUUUUCGCU